AUGAUCCAAGAUUCAGAAUUCGAUGGCUACGUGUCAAAGCUACAGCAGCUAGAAGCGCAGCUGCUUUCAGACCCCUACUCGGCAGCGGCGGUGGAGGUCCUUUCCCAAUACGCUGAAAUGGUCCGGGUUUUGAUAGUCUGCGCGACGCAGCGGCAUCGCGGCUUGCGCAUAAGCUGGAAGAGGUUUAACGACUUAAAAAUAGAGGGCGGUGCUGGCAAAGAUGACGAGGAGGCGGCAGAGCAUGUGGCACAGAUCGUGCAGGCAGUAGACUUCGUUGUCGCGCUGGAGAAGCGGUAUAAAGCGGCCCAGGUUGAGGCAAAUGACGAGUUCGGCGCGCGCCUCAAAGAGCUGCGGGCAGAGCGUUAUGCGAAAUACAGGGAGCAGGUCGCCGAACAGCAGGGAAGGGCAGAACAGCAGUCGCAAGAGGAGGGCGCCGGCCAACCGGUGUCCAAGAAACAGCAGCUGCUGACAACAAACAAGAAGAUCACAUCGACGCUGAUGCGCACCAGCCAUCUGCUGCAAAGCUCGGUGAUGCAGAGCGAGCUGAACCUCGGUGAGCUGCAGGAGCAGACCAGGUCCAUGCACAAGCUGAACGACCGAUUCGACAGUCUGUCGGGCGUGCUGCACACAUCUUCGAAGAUUGUUAAGAUAAUUAACGAUUCCUCGGGGCGCGAGAGGCGCCAGAUCUACACGGGGCUCUCAUUUCUGGGGCUGUGCAUCGCCUGGGUGCUAUGGCGGCGCAUUUUCAAGCUGCCGGUGAAACUGGCCCUGUGGAUGUGGUUCCGCUUCUCGCGUGCGCUUCUUGCGUCACUAGGUGCGCUGCCGAAGACCAAGGUCCCGGCCCCUAUGGUCCUCAACACCGUGGCGCCUGCAAUUGCCUCAACCGCGACAAACGCGUUGUCUGCGGUGUCUGCGGUGUCUGCGGAGUCCGCACAAACGGCCGCAACGGAGCAGGCCACGGCCUCCAUGGAGUCUCUAGUUCAGGACGCGGUGGACGGCGCAUUUGCGAGAAUCCGCGACGAGCUGUGA